AGCGUCUGUCUACCCUCUCUACGGUGCGCUUGAUUCGUUAUCACUGAGCAGAUAGAACCUUAGGCAGCCAUUUAAUGAACCGUGUUGCAAGAGAAUUUGCUUGUUUCAAGAUUUCACAAGGAUUGUUAAAUCUCUUUCCUUUGUUUUGUCUCUGGUGAUAGCUAAAAUGGCUUUCUUUCUUAAGGUUAAUGGUGGGCAAGAAGGUCGACCAAUUAGAGCUUAUGAGCUUGCAAAAGCAGUCGAAGAGCUGGGAGCAGGAGAAAUACUGCUUAACUGUAUUGACUGUGAUGGCCAAGGCAAAGGGUAUGAUCUAGAUUUGAUAAAGUUCAUCUCAGAUGCUGUCGACAUCCCCGUCAUUGCAAGUAGUGGUGCUGGUGCGGUUGAACAUUUCUCAGAGGUGUUCAGGAAAACAAAUGCAUCUGCAGCCCUUGCUGCUGGCAUUUUCCACCGGAAGGAGGUACCAAUUCAGUCCGUUAAAGAGCACUCGUUGAAAGAAGACAUAGAGGUUAGACUCUAAUCUUAUCAUUGACAUGGAGGCUUCUCGGAUAGAGUCAGAGGCACCAUCAAAACAUAUCCUUAAGUCAUCAAGUGCUUGGAUGUAGAUGACACUUCUAUCCCACCAGAACAAGUCUCUUGCAAUGGCUCUAUCUUCAUUGUUUUUCUGGUCAUAGAAUUUUAUUUUUGGUAUUUCUAAUAUGUAUCUUUUACUGUAUAGAUUAAAAGUAUAAUAAAUACAUAUUUUUAUC